CCCGGACCUCGUAUCGAAGCUGGCGCCCACUGCAUUCAUACAUUCUUUCUUCCUUGGGUCACUUUCCCUGCACUGCAAAUGCUGCCAAAUUGCCAAUUCUAGAUGAGCUGUUACUGGCGUCAAAGUGUCUUUGACUCUCGACUGGAAUCCAAUCUCCAAUUUUUCGCAGUUCAAUUCAAUUCCCAUUUGCAGACGGAGAGGUUUUGCCAGAAAUCGAGGAAUAAAUGGAGAAGGCAUUGGUGAAAGUGGGGAGCCUCAAGGCAGGUACAUUCUGGGUUUCGAAGAAGGCCAAGGAGGAGAUCUCCAAUAUCUCACAAGACCUCACUACAUUCUCAAACACCGUCGAAGAGAAAGCAAGAUGGGUUUUCAACAAGCUCAAAGGGAAGCCGCAAAAAUCCCUACCGGAUCUCCUCCGGGAGCACAACCUCCCGCCGGGCCUUUUCCCUCAAAACAUAACAUGCUACGAAUUCGACGAGGGGAAAUCGAAGCUCGUCGUGUACAUGUCCUCGCCGUGCGAGGUAUGCUUCAAGGACUCGUCCGUCGUGCGCUACUCCACGCGCGUCAAAGCCAUUUUGUCGAGAGGGAAGCUCUCGAAUGUUGAGGGAAUGAAAACCAAAGUCUUGGUGUGGGUCAAGGUCACCGCCGUCGCCGUGGAGAAUUACAAGUCGGAUAAGGUGUGGUUUACGGCCGGGGUUAAGAGGUCGAGGGCGAAGGACGCCUACGACGUGCCUCGCGACGGGAUUAGAGUCGACGAAUUUUGAAAAAUGUGGUAUGUAUGUAUAUCUUUUCUCUCUCUCUUUAUGUUUGUUUGUUGGGUUGGGUUUAUGAGUUGCUCGAUUGGUUUAUUUUGCUGCCAAAUUUUAAUAAGUGCGAAAGUUCGUCGCGAAUGAUGUUGAAAGGCACGGUGAUAUGUAGAUUUGUCGUGUUUUGGUCCUCGACAAUAUUAUUUUGUUCGCGUUUGUGAUCGA